CGGGCAGCUGCUCCCCCUCGCAGGGCUGCCUCCUCAGAGGCCGGAGCGCCCGGCAGCGCGGUCGCGCUCCGUGGAGAUGGUGCGGGCGGCCUGGCCCGUGCCGCGGCCUGGCGGCGGUGGACAAAGCGUGUCGGCACCGCUUGGGCAGCUGCGGCCCGUGCCGGAGCUCGGCCCCGGUAACCGGCUGGCUGCGGGGCUCUGGGUUGGCGCGGGGCGAGAAUCCUUCGUGCAGCCGCUUAUCCCGCGGCUGCCGGCCCGCCCGAGCCCUGGGUUGGUGGUGGUGGGCAAAGCGCUGAUGGCCCGAGGGCUUUUGAGUCAUUGCUUCUCCCCUUCUUAAUGUUUUUGCUUAAUGAGAUUUUUGUGAACUGAUUUCCAAGUGAAAUUAUGAUCUCGGGCUAUUUGGUUUGCUUUCUACUCCUAGAUCAUGUUUUGUGGACUGGCGGUGUUGAAGAAACUGAAUGAAUGGAACAGCUAGGGCAGUCCGGAAGUUUGCGUUUCAUGCUCUCCACUUGCCACAUGUCGCAAAUCACGCUGUGUCUCUGAAGUAACCUGGACUCAUUGGAGCUGUGCGUCCUGAGGGACCCUGAGGACCCCUGAAGCAGCAAGGGUGCAAUGAUGGACAACCGUUUUGCUACUGCGCUGGUAAUUGCUUGUGUUCUCAGCCUCAUCUCCACCAUUUAUAUGGCAGCUUCCAUUGGCACUGACUUUUGGUACGAAUACCACACCCUUUACCCAGCUGAGAAUGUCAGUGAAGCUGGUAGGAGCAUCUGGGACGAAUUUGUCAGUGAAGAGGCAGAUGAGAAGACCUACACAGAUGCGCUCUUCCGGUGUAACGGCACAGUUGGAUUGUGGCGGAGAUGUAUCACUGUACCCAAGAACUCUCACUGGUACAGCCCACCAGAAACAGAUAUGAUUACAAACUGCAUCAGUUUUUCCCUCUCUGACCAGUUUAUGGAAAAGUACAUAGAGCCUGGAAAUCACAAUAGUGGCACGGAUUUAAAUCGAACUUAUCUCUGGCGACUGCAGUUUCUUCUGCCCUUUGUCAGCCUUGGCCUCAUGUGCUUUGGGGCUCUGAUUGGGCUCUGUGCUUGUGCCUGUCGCAGCCUCUACCCAGCCAUUGCCACUGGAGUCCUCCAUUUCCUAGCAGGGCUUUGUACGCUGGGCCUCGUUGGCUGCUAUGUAGCUGGGAUUAAGCUGCUCCAUGACAAGCUGCCCCUGCCUAAUGAUGUGAGGGGUGAAUUCGGCUGGUCCUUCUGUCUUGCCUGUGUCUCAGCACCUUUGCAAUUUAUGGCAGCUGCUCUUUUCAUCUGGGCAGCUCGUACCAACAGAAAGGAAUUCACUCUCUUGAAAGCGUACCGUGUAGCAUAAGUGCUGCUGCUGAAGUACUGGGUUUCCAUGUUAUAGCCCCUGCUGUCCUCAACCCUUGCGACUUUUUUCUUUUAGUCAGGAUUUUACCUUGUACUCUGUGUGCUUCUUGCCAGUUGAGGCAAUUUAGCCUACAGGCCCUGAAGACAAAGACCUCUGGGUUAAAUGACCAAACUCUGCCAGAAGUCUGCAGAACUUGAGCAGGUUUUUUAAUUGUUGGGGUUUGCUUUUUUUUAAGAAUCACUAUUAUUUUUUAAGCUCCAAUUGGUUGCUGACUAUCCCCUUGACAUGCCCCUUCCUAAUUUUAUUACCCUGUCAGCCUGGAGGAAAUAGGAGUGGUGGUGUGGGGUGGAAGAGGCAUAGGAAAAGAUGCAGGUAUAGGACGAAUGGGAACCUUGGUGCACAAAUAAUAAAUAAUCAGGAGCUGUCUGCUGUGUGAUCCAAGCAGGCAGGACCUACAGAAAGUACUCAAGAGACAUGGGGGAACUCAUAAACCUCUGUUGUGGAAAUACUGUAGCUCAAUCAGUCCUGUAGCCUAGCUUUGGGUCUCUUAUUCCCACUAGUUAGUUACUUCCUAUGGCUUCUGCCAGAACUGAUGGCAGGCAGAGCAGCUGGCUGUGAGAGAGCCUGCACAGCACGGCACAGCAUGCUGAAUGGAAGGCUAUGUGCUCGCUUGUGCCAGGGAAUGGGAUAACUUGGCCCACAUGGAGCUUUGUGCUGCUCAAGCUACACUGCUUCCAGGACCCAGGCUAGUUUGGUAUCUGCACUACCUGUGGUUGUACGCUCUGAUCUUAACUUGUGGUGCUUUUGCUUGCUGUGAAAUAAGGUUUUCCUCUCUCUUGUUGUGUUGAAAAUGACCCCUCAUGAGUUUUUUGGUUUUAAUUUGGUUUAGUGUAUGUGUGUAUAUGUACAUCUAUAAACUUAACUAUUUUAAAGCUCACCUGUUUAUCCUGUAUAGCACACAAGAAGUUUUUUUAAAAGGUGCUGCUCUUUUCCCAUCUUGUCCCAAAAGUAUUGUUUAAAUGAAAUAAUAAUAAUUAAAAAAAGACUCAAAAAU